AUGGCCCUGUCUCAUAUCAAGAAUGUGUUAGUCGUUGGGGCGAGUGGAAGUGUCGGCGGACCAACAGUCAAGGCUCUGCUCGAAGAAAACUUCCAGGUCACUGGACUGACUCGACAGUCGUCCUCGGCCACCUUGCCUGAAGGCGUGAGGCAUCUCACGACCGACUUCUCCGAGGCGUCCCUUCUCGAAGCCUUCAGGAACCAGGAUGCUGUCGUCAGCGCAGUCACCAGUUCUCAGUCCGACGCUCUGAUGCUCCAAAAGACCCUGGUCGAUGCGGCCAUCGCGGCGAGGGUCAAGGUCUUCGUGCCCUCCGAGUACGGGAUCGACACCGCGGACGGCACCGCGCCCAAGUACGUUCCGGCCCUCGCUGACAAGAUCGAGGUGGUCAAGUACCUCAAGGAGCGGCAGGACAAGAUAUCGUGGACGGCCAUCGUCACGGGGGCCAUUUUCGACUGGGGGCUGAACUUACCAGGCUUCGGGGGCUUGAACGUGACCGCCCGGACCGUCACCAUCUUCGACGGCGGCGAUAUCCCCUUUGACGCCACGAACCUGGACCAGGUCGGCAAGGCCAUCGCCAAGACCUUGAAGAGGCCGGACCUCACACGAAACCAACACGUCUACGUGAACAGCUUCACAGCCACGCAGAACAAGGUUCUGGCGGCUCUGGAGAAGGCGACGGGCGACAAGUUCGCCGUCUCUCAGGGUUCCGUGGAGGAGGGGGCUGCACAGCUGGAGCAGGGCCAGCCGCUCGGCAUCCUAGCGAUGAUUGCCGGAGCCUUGUACGGAAAGGGGGGGUUGGCUUACUUCUCGACCACGAAGGGACUUUGGAAUGAGAGACUGGCCUUGCCGCAGGAGGAUCUGGACGAGUUUAUCGGCAAUUACAUACGCGGAAAGAACUGA